AUGCCGCGUCUUUUGACCCACUAUUCCAAAGUCUACGACGUACCUCGCCGUCCGUUCGAAAAAGAACGUCUUGACCAGGUUUGUGAAUAUUCUAACUUUAUAUUGGUGUUUAGGAAUUGAAAUUGAUCGGUGAAUUCGGUCUUCGCAACAAGCGUGAGGUAUGGAGAGUCAAGUUGACUUUAGCCAAGAUCAGAAAGGUUGCCCGUCAAUUGCUUAUGUUGGACGACAAAGACCCUAAACGUCUUUUCGAAGGUAACGUGUUGCUCCGUCGUUUGGUGUUGAUGGGUGUCCUCCCAGAAGACAAGAUGAAGCUCGAUUACGUUCUUGGGCUCCGUGUCGAAGAUUUCUUGGAACGUCGUCUUCAAACUCAAGUAUUGAAGUUGGGUUUGGCCAAAUCUAUCCAUCAUGCUCGUUGUUUGAUCCGCCAAAGACACAUUCGGUGAGUUUUUGUGUAAUUCAUAGCUUUAUUGUUUUGGUGUGGUACUUUCAUUUAGUUUUUGAGUAGAAGUUGGUUUAUAGCUGUAAAAACAUAUUUUGUUGAUACCUAUUUUUAAACUUUGUCACAUUUAAAAUAUUUUGUGUUAACCUUGAUUGUUUCAGCGUCCGCCGUCAGUUGGUCAACAUUCCAUCCUUCUUGGUGCGUCUCGAGUCUCAGAAACACAUUGAUUUCUCAGAGAAGUCACCUUAUGCUGGUGGAAGACCUGGCCGCGUAAAGAGAAGAAACUUGAAGAAGGGAGGUGGCAACGCUUCCGGAGGCGAAGAUGACGAGUAG